CAGUGUUGAGCCGAGAAGUAGUCUUGUCCAGCACUUGUGCAUGCCUUGUGCAGCCAGCAACCUAGAAAACGAUGAGUAUACCAGAUACUCUGCAUGGUCCAGAUGGAGCAAACGAGACCGGGAAGGAGAGAUCGAACGCGUCCGGCGCGGUGCUGUGAGAUAUGUAAAGAAACCCAAAGAGUCCUGCCCUUUCGAAGCCGUGAGGCCUAUAAUGUCUCCCUUUUUGCUUUCCCGUGCAAUCGUAACCUGCGUUUGCAUAACAGUCAUGAUAAGAAAAAAGACANAGGAAAGUGGCACUGUCGUCCAGCAACAGGCAAAACGU